CUAUUGUCAAUCUAUGCUGAGAAAUAGAAGUGGCUUGGGAAAAGAGCUUGCUGCUCCUAAUUCUUACAAGACUAAUUAAACAUUAGUACAUUAGGUUUUCUGGCCCAAAUCUCUCUGUUGCAUAUUGGGCCAAGCCCACAGGACGAUAACAGCAGGGGGCUCGAAGGUCCCAACACCAUGGCUGGAUGAUGGAUGCAGUGCAAGCAUAGCUUUGGAAGGUAGGUGAAAGAAGAAGAGUGGUUGUAGUCUUGCAGGUUUUGAAUGAUAGGUUUCCUUUGAAAAUUGGAAAUGUUGGUCAGAUUUUUCUUAUUACAUGUUCUCACAUUUCUUUGCAAACACUUCUAGUUCCUUAAGUUUGGUGAUCGUCUGCUUGAUUUUUCCAAAAAUCUGCGUUCCAAGCUUAGGAACCCUUUGUUUGGGUUGGCACUUACAAUCUAUUUCAGUAGCGUAAGAAUUUGGAAAUGCAUCCUGGUGGACCAGGGGGACCUGGACCCGGAGGACCUGGCUGGGGUCCUGGACCUGGAGGACCUGGCUGGGGUCCUGGACCUGGAGGACCUGGCUGGGGUCCGGGACCUGGCUGGGGUCCUGGACCUGGAGGACCUGGCUGGGGUCCUGGGGGGCCUUGGGGUCCUGGACCCGGUGGUUUUUUUGGAGGGCUUGCUGAUGGUUUAUGCAGCAUGGUAUCUUCUUUGUUCUACUGCUUGUGCUGUUGUUGGUUGAUACAGGAUUGCUUUGGUGGACCUCGCGGUCCAUAUGGUCCACCUGGUCCUGGUGGACCCCCACCCCCACUAUUCUGAUCCUCUGCUGAUCCAUUCAGUCAUGGAAUAACGGUUUCCUUCUCUGUAAACUUGCUCAGAAGCUCUUUCAUUUCUGUUCUUCUCUUAUAAUUUCUUAAAUUGUUGUUUACCCUAUAGCUUUAAAUCAUGGUCAAUUAUUUAGGAUGCUUAUGACCACACUGAUUUGGAGUAGGGAUAGCAAUUUAUAGAAUAUCUUGAAUAUCACUCUAUCUGAAUUUGAAUUUAAUUAGUGUUUUUAUCCAACACAUUAUCAUCCCUACUUUGAAGGUCUCUGCUCCACUUCAGACAGGGCUUUGAAUGUAUGAACAUCUUGUUUAUUGAUAUUAAUAUUUUAUACCAA